UGAAGCAAGCAGGCACAUACGUAGCUCUGUCCGUCUCCACGUCCUCCCUGUGGUUCCGGGAUACAAGAAGACACUGCUCUGGAAAUAAUGCUGUUCUGCCAUUCCCAGCCUGAGUCCUACCACCAGCACUCUGCUAGUUACAUUAGCCCCACGUCUCUCUACUUGGACUCUUGCAGAGAGGCUUUGGCACCCUUCUUGAAAAACGAAGAAGCCAGGCUUAUGGCUGAAACCGGUGCCAAGAGGAUGCCGUUCCAGUGCAUUCUGUGUGCAGCCACCUCACCGGCUGUAAAACAGCAGGAGGAGAGUCUCACCUAUCUCAACCAAGGUCAGUCCUACGAAAUCCGUAUGCUAAACAGAAAACUAGUGGAGUAUACAGAUAUAAGCAGCAAAUAUGUAAAGAGCAUUGUUCGAGUGGUGUUUCAUGACCGCCGACUGCAGUAUAUGGAGCACCAGCAGCUUGAGGGAUGGAGGUGGAACAGACCCGGGGACCGGAUCUUGGAUAUAGAUAUCCCGCUGUCAGUGGGCAUAAUGGAGCCUCGAUCCCACCCUAUGCACCUCAACACCAUCGAGUUUCUCUGGGAUCCUGUGAAGAACGCUUCUGUUUUCAUCCAGGUCAACUGCAUUAGCACUGAGUUUACCCCCAGGAAGCAUGGCGGGGAAAAGGGAGUCCCCUUUCGUAUCCAGGUGGACACUUUUACCACCAAUGAACACAGGGAAUACAUGGAGCACGUCCACUCUUCCAGCUGCCAGGUCAAAGUGUUCAAGCCUAAAGGAGCUGAUCGCAAACUGAAGACAGACAGGGAAAAGAUCGCUAAAAAGACGCCUCAAGACAGAGAAAAGUAUCAACUGUCCCACGAGACCACCGUGCUGAAAGAGUGUUCUCCUUGGCCUGAUGCUCUAAACUUCACCAACCACAGCAGCAGCAGCGCUCCAUCACCAGUCUACCACAGCUCCCCGACAUCCUGUAGUUUCACUGAUGGGAACUGUUCCCCAAACCAGCAGGGGGAGCUGCUCAUGCCCAGCUGCUCAGAUCACCUUCUGCCAUCGACCUCGCUGCAGGACACUCAGCAGUGGCUGCACCAUCACAGGUUCUCUCCUUUCUCACGGCUCUUCUCCAGCUUCUCAGGUGCUGAUCUGUUGAGGAUGAGCAAAGAAGAUUUGAUCCAGAUCUGUGGCCCUGCUGAUGGUAUCCGUCUUUUUAACACCAUGAAAGGAAGGUGUAUACAGCCCCGCCUGACUAUCUACGUGUGUCAGCAGCAGGCCAGAAAUCAAGCUCCCACCAAACCAGGCGGGGGAGACGUCUACCACGCUCUGUACCUGGAAGAGCUCACACUACUGGACCUGUCUGAAAAGAUCGCAAUGCUGUACAGCAUCACUCCACAGCAAAUCACACACAUCUACAGACAAAACCCCUCCGGGAUUCAUGUGUUAGUGUCCGACGAGAUGGUUCAAAACUUUAAGGAAGAAACAAACUUCAUCCUCAGCACUACAAGGGACGGAAGCACAGACGGCUACCACGUCGUAUUGAAAUGACCAACAGCUGCUCUGCAGGUUCAACGUUUCAUCAGUGGAAGUGUGCGGAAUAUAUUUCAGUCAGUCAAAGAAGAAUUUCAGAGUUUGUAACUACAGCCCUUUUUUUCAGAAUCAGUCUGUAACGCAUGAGAAGUAACCCCCGAGGGUAAACAUAUUUAAUCAUGUCCAUUAAAAAAUGUGUUUUUCCAACUUA